GGAAAUUGGCCAAGUUUGAGCUCAUUCUCUCUCCUCUCCGCCUAAAACCUCUAACGCUCUCAUCCCCUCACUCCUCUCCACCUGAAACCCUCUCAUCCCUCGCUCAUCCGACUACCUCUCCGACGUGCCAUUCCGACUCCAUUCGACUACCUCAUCUGACUCCACACCGGAAAGUUCUCAUACUCUGCUCAUUCUCCUUUGACUUGGUGGUCAGCGAGAUACUCCUCUCAUGCUCCUCUCGUUCGACUACGCUCAUCUGACUCCUCUCAGUGCCGGAAACUUGUCAUACGCCGGAUUACCGACCAAUUGAAAACGAAUCUCAGCAUCACUGUCUGAUGUUUAUCCCUGCAUUCAACUUGAUAUUGUAAUGCUCCUCUCAUGGCUGCAAAUUCUGUUCACUAUGAUCUGGCUCGAAGAUUCAACAACAAAUGAACUGAAAAAUGAUACAAAGGAGGUUUUUAAAAGCCAUUUGUUUGCUAAGCUCAAAUUAUCAAACUUUAAGAGCACUGGAUUCUGAUAAUGUUCCCACGGUUUCUUCAAUGACUGAGGAAGAGAUAAAUGUUCUUCCUGUUCAUAAGUACAAAGUUGCUGGCUCCCAAAGGCAUGAACAUCUCGAUGACCCUAGAAGAACAGAAUGGCAAGGAUUUCCUUCAGGGACUAGAGCGGCUACUGCUGGUGGGUUAACAACAUUGGUUGACAUGCCUCUUAAUAGUUUUCCAUCUAUAGUUGCCGAAGAAGCUUUUGAACUCAAGUCCUUUAUGUGUCCUUUGGGGAUCAAUGACUUUCCCAUGACAAAUGCUGACCAUAUUAAGGAAGGAUUGUCCGUACUGGCAAAGUAUAUAAGACUUUUACUUGUACAUGCAGAGAUUCAACAAGAACUUAAAGACAUUGCAGAUGACCCUCGAUCCUAUUCAACAUAUCUCAAGACUAGCCUUGCUUCAUUUUAAAAUAUUGCUCAAGUUUCCUUUCCUGAAAAUAGCAAACGACGCAAGGGCUGGUGGCCCUGCCGAAGGAGCUCAUCUUCACAUUGUUCAUCUCUCUGAUGCGAGAUCUUCCUUAGAUCUAAUUAAGGAAGCAAAAAGUGGUGAUAGCAAUGGUGAUAGCACAACUAUUGGAUUUGGAGCAUUACCACAUCAAAAGUCAUUGCACAGGUCCUCAAGAUGGCGGUUACAGAUGCUGGCCACCAGGUCGUGGGCUCGUUUCUCUCGGAAAGUUUACAACAGCAAGAACUAUUUGAGGUUUUGGUCGACAAAGACAAAAGAAGAAGGCAGAUGCUGCUAGAGAAGCACUUUUAUCAGAGAUUGAACUGGAAGCCAAGAAGAAGAAAGAUUUUGAGUCCAAGAAAAAGAA